UUGGUCACAUCUGCUUCUUCCUUAGCCUUGUAGAAAAAUCUGGAUUUUCCAACAUUACGUGUUCCAAAUGUGGUAUUAUUAGUAACCGUAGCAUUUUAUGUCUGCUGAGAGUUACAAAAAGGCAUAAGACCGAAGCAACGAAGGAAACUUUGUAGCUAGCUUGCUAAAUUGUUAGCGAGACAGGAAACACGAAUUCUCAUUAAUAUAAUUCGCUAUCUCGGCAGCUAGUGACUGCAGUGCGAUAAACUGUGUUAACUGUUUUACUGAUUAGACUGCCAUAAAACCUGUGGCUUUUCUCCUUAGUAGCCCGUCAUUGUGGGGAAUUUGUGUCGGUUUGCUAAUCCAGCUCACAGAAAUUGAAGGCUUUUAUUUGGCUCGUCUCGGCAUCUUCGUCUUAGACUCACAGGUCGAAAAUUGUGCUGAAGAAAAAGGACAACAAAAGGGAAAUGAUCAUGGCUGGAACGACAGGAUUCUUUUCAAAUGGACCGGUCUCCUGGACUGAAAAUGACACUGAGAUUAACAAUCUUUACCGAGACCUGGAGCUGGGCACCGUUUUGACACUAUUUUAUUCAAAAAAGUCCCAGCGGCCAGAGAGGAGAACAUUUCAAGUCAAACUCGAGACUAGGCAAAUUAUAUGGACCAGAGGCACGGAUAAAAUAGAAGGAGAAAUUGACAUCCGGGAGAUUAAGGAGAUCCGGGCGGGGCAGAAGUCCAGGGACUUUGAGCGCUAUGUGGAGGACUCUGCUGCCCGGCCUGACCAGGCCCACUGCUUCGUCAUCCUGUACGGCACCGAGUUUCGCCUCAAGGCCCUCAGCCUGGCAGCCACGUCGGAUGAGGAGAUGUCCAUGUGGGUGAAGGGUCUGACCUCCCUGGUAACGGACACACUGCAGUCCCCCACCCCGCUGCAGGUCGAGAGGUGGUUACGGAAACAAUUCUAUGCAGUUGAUCGCAACCGAGAAGACAAGAUUUCCUGCAAGGAUCUGAAAAGCAUGCUGUGUCAGGUCAACUACAGAGUCCCCAACAUGAAAUUCCUCCGUGAGAAGUUUCCGGAUGUGGAGCUGAGGAACGGGGACGUCAGCUACAGCCAGUUCGCCCAGCUGUAUCGAAGUCUGAUGUUCGACGCGCAGAAGUCUAUGGAAAUUCCUUUCCUCCAGAGAUUCACAGAGAGACCUGACCAGGCCAGAGUCACGCUGGAGAACUUCCAGAGCUUUCUUUUGGAGUAUCAGAAGGAGCUUUGGGCCACAGACAAUAACCAGGUGCAGGAGUACAUGUUCAAGUACCUGAAGGAUCCACUGAGGGAGAUUGAGCAGCCUUUCUUCUACCCAGAGGAGUUUCUUACCUACUUGUUCUCCAAAGAAAACACCAUCUGGGACUGGAAGCUGGACCAGGUGUGCCCUGAGGACAUGAACAACCCUUUGUCACACUAUUGGAUUUCCUCCUCUCACAACACCUACCUGACAGGUGACCAGUUUUCCAGCGAGUCCUCUCUGGAGGCGUACUCUCGCUGUCUAAGGAUGGGCUGCCGCUGCAUAGAAUUGGACUGCUGGGAUGGACCUGACGGAAUGCCGGUGAUUUAUCACGGACACACCCUCACCACCAAGAUCAAGUUCUGCGAUGUCCUGACUACCAUAAAGGAGCACGCCUUCGUAACGUCCGAGUACCCCGUCAUCCUCUCCAUUGAGGACCACUGCAGCAUCGUUCAGCAGCGGAACAUGGCUACCUUCUUUAAGAAGGUGUUUGGUGACAUGCUGCUAACCAAGGCUGUGGACAUCUCCGCUGACGGGCUCCCCUCGCCCAAUCAGCUGAAGAGAAAGAUCCUCAUCAAGCACAAGAAGCUGGCAGAGGGAAGCGCAUAUGAAGAAGUCUCCACUUCCACGCCAUAUUCUGAGAACGACAUCAGCAACUCCAUCAAGAACGGCAUUCUCUACCUGGAGGACCCCAUCAACCAUGAGUGGUACCCUCACUUCUUCGUCUUGACGAGCAGCAAGAUCUACUACUCUGAGGAGACGUCCAACAAUCAGGGCAACGAUGACGAAGAGGAACACAGAGAGGUGUCCAAUGGCAUGGACCAGCACGUGACGGAGAAGUGGUUCCACGGGAAGCUGGGCGCGGGCCGGGACGGGAGGCAGAUCGCCGAGCGGCUGCUGACGGAGUACUGCCUCGAGACGGGCGCUCCCGACGGCUCCUUCCUGGUGCGCGAGAGCGAGACCUUCGUGGGGGACUACACCCUGUCCUUCUGGCGCUCCGGGAGGGUCCAGCACUGCCGCAUCCACUCCCGCCAGGAGGCCGGCAGCCCCAAGUUCUACCUGACGGACAACCUGGUGUUCGACACGCUCUUCGCCCUCAUCACACACUACCAGCAAGUUGCGCUACGCUGCAACGAGUUUGAGAUGAAGCUUACGGAGCCCGUCCCCCAGACGAACGCCCACGAGAGCAAGGAGUGGUAUCAUGCAAACCUGACGAGGAGCCAGGCAGAGAACAUGCUAAUGAGGGUUCCUCGGGAUGGGGCCUUCCUUGUGAGGAAGAGGACGGAGCCCAACUCCUUCGCCAUUUCCUUUAGGGCGGAGGGGAAGAUCAAGCACUGCCGUGUCCAGCAGGAGGGUCAGACAGUGGUACUGGGGACCUCCGAGUUUGACAGCCUGGUGGACCUCAUCAGCUACUAUGAGAAGCACCCCCUGUACAGGAAGAUGAAGCUGCGCUACCCCAUCAAUGAGGAGACGCUGGAGAAGAUCGGCACUGCGGAGCCAGACUAUGGGUCUUUGUAUGAGGGACGCAAUCCUGGAUUCUACGUAGAGGCCAAUCAGAUGCCCACAUUUAAGUGCACUGUGAAAGCCAUGUACGAGUACAAGGCCCAGCGCGACGACGAGCUCUCCUUCAGCAAGAACGCCCUCAUCCAGAACGUGGAAAAACAGGAAGGGGGCUGGUGGAAGGGAGACUGUGGCGGCAAGAAGCAGCUCUGGUUUCCGGCCAACUAUGUGGAGGAGAUCAGCCCCACAGCCGUGGAGCCUGACAGAUCUCCGCUGACAGAGAACAGCCCUCUGGGAGAUCUCCUCAGAGGAAGUGUGGACGUGUCUUCCUGUCAGAUAGUGGUGAGGCCCGAAGGGAAGGGCAGCCGGCCCUACGUCUUCACCCUGUUCACGGCGGCCUCGACCCGACCCAGCCAGACCCUGGACAUCGCCGCCAACACGCAGGAGGAGCUCAAGGUCUGGGUGCUGAAGAUCCGAGAGGUCACCAUGACCUCGGAGGCCAAGCUGGAAGAGGGGAAGAUGAUGGAGAGGAGGAAGAAGAUUGCCCUGGAACUGUCUGAUCUGGUCAUCUAUUGCCGGCCUGUGCCUUUUGAUGAGGACAAGAUAGGGACAGAGCGAGCCUGCUACCGGGACAUGUCCUCCUUCCCUGAAACCAAAGCGGAGAAGUACGUCAACAAGAUCAAGGGCAAAAAGUUCCUGCAGUACAACCGCCUGCAGCUGUCCCGGAUCUACCCCAAAGGCCAGCGCCUCGACUCCUCCAACUACGACCCUCUGCCCAUGUGGCUCUGUGGCAGCCAGCUGGUGGCGCUCAACUUCCAGACCGCAGAUAAGCCCAUGCAGAUGAAUCAGGCUCUGUUCAUGCUGAACGGUCGGAGCGGUUAUGUGCUGCAGCCUGCCAUCAUGAGGGAUGAGAACUUUGACCCUUUUGACCGACACUCUCUACGGGGCCUGGAGCCAAUCACCCUGCAAAUAGAGGUUCUGGGGGCUCGCCACCUGCCCAAACACGGGCGUGGUAUUGUGUGCCCGCUGAUCGAGGUGGAGGUGUGUGGGGCGGAGUAUGACAAUGCCAAACAGAAGACCGACUCUGAAGCUGACAAUGGUCUGAACCCCAUAUGGCCAAGGAAGCCAUUCCGCUUCACGGUCUGCAACUCUGAGUUUGCCUUCCUGCGAUUUGUGGUGUAUGAGAUCGACAUGUUCAGUGAUCAGAACUUCCUGGCCCAGGCCACCUUCCCCGUCGCCGGCCUCAAAACAGGCUACAGGUCUGUCCUUUUGAAGAACAGCUACAAUGAGGACCUGGAGCUGGCUUCCCUUCUGGUGCACAUGGACAUCCUCAGCGGCAGGCUCGAGAACGGGGAGGUGAUGACGCCUCCUCUGGGGGCUUCCGUGGCGGCGGUGGCCCACGUCGGCAGGGACAGGCUGGGCGACGCGGGGUCCACGUCCUCCACCGGGUCGGUCUCCUCCCUGCCCGCCUCCCCAGGACAGGCCAUGGGCUACCGCGGGCGCGAGGGCUCCUUCGAAGCGCGCUACCAGUCGCCCCCGGAUGACUUCAGGGUGUCCCAGGAGACGCUCCUGGACCCCGUGGAUCCUCAGAACAGGAGGUUGAUUCGCAGGACCAGGGUUGGCGGAGAGAACCGAGUGUAGACCGAGUGAGGCCCAAAUAAAGGUCCUCCGGUAGUGAUGAUGUCACUGACUGCUGUGAAAGCUGUUUCUAUGGAAACGUCACUGCUUUGGCCUACAUUUCAGGCAGCUCUUCCUCUACUCUCUCCUUGGCCUCCCCAGAAAACUGCUCUUGAGUGAGUGUGGGUAGGGGAAAAGCCAUCAGUCACGGAAAGUUUAAAAAAAGAAAAGAAACUAAAGCUAAGACGUACAGCCUUUUCAUCUGAGUUGUUGUGAGGGAACACUGUGUUGUGCUAGACACAAACACAGCAGGAUACUAUAGGUUGUGUUGGCAUCAGUUUGACACGGAUUCCAGGUUAUUUUUUCCCUUUUUUCCAGCAUAUAUAUAUAUAUAUAAUAAAUAUAUAAAUAUAUUUAUUCCAGCUUGCUGUGUCUGCCAUGGAACGGCAACAGCAACAGCUGACCUGCUCUCAAAGAGCUUCUUUUUUCAUGUUUUUUAUUUAAACUUCAAUUUUAACUUUCACAAUGUGAUUUUUAUUUUUAAUCUACAUGCGGGCAUUUUGUUUUUCCACAAGAGGUGGUCUUGGUGACCGUUUUCACGCUCUGCGCUGAGCAGAGAUGAGCGUCCUGAGAUGACGCCGACCACUGAUGGUGUCAGGCUGGAAUACAACAAUCGUGAAAAGACCUGGGGAAGAAAGCUCUGUGUCUGUCUUUCAGCAGCCAUCAUUGGACCAAUCAGACCGAUCAUCUCACAUUUGUUUUUAAUUAUUCACCUCGGGUCAGAUGCAUGGUUGACUGGCCGCUUGCUGUAAUCUUGCACGCCUGGUAGAUGCCCAAUAUCCGGGGUGAUUUGAAAGGUAAAGUAGAAAAAACCGAUUACAUGCAUACAGUUUCAGUGCAAAGCGAUUUAUUCAUAAGAUACUGCAUUCGGUUCAUCAUCAAUCAGUUGAUAUUAAAUGCUGUGUUGAACUGCUAAAACCGAAGAAUACAGAGCAGAAUACAAAAACAGGAGGCCUGGAAAUGACAUGAAUACCUUGUUGGUUUAAAGAGAUGUGAACUGAGGAAAUUAUGACACAGACUGCUCGUUUGUACAUGCAAACUACCUUGUCUCGCACGUUAGCGAAAUUAAUUUUUUGAACAGCGAUGACUGAUUUUAAUGAAAGAGUCCAGAUUUCAGACACACACAGAGCAUGAUAUGUUCAGUACUCUGAUGGGCCGAACACUGGUGGUGUGGGGAUUUGAACAGGGCUACAUUGAGUCAGCCCCUGCUGAGCACUGGGUAAGAGGAAUCUGCUUCAUUUCCUCUUUUUAAUUUUGAAUAUAAUUGACAUUUCUCAGUUAUAGCUCAGUGAUUGAUUUGUUUCAAUUCCAAGACUAACUGCUGAGUUUGUGUUGAUUCCAUUUACUAUUUUGUUCUUUUCUCUUGAGGGAGAACUGAAUCAAGAUAAAAAUGCAAAUCUGUCAUUCUUGUCCAACCUUCCGCAAUCCUCUCUGUACGUUACCCCAGUGAUAGCCAAAGCCAUUUUAUUACCACUUGAUUUUUGACUUGGGAAUAUUAAGUCUAUGCUUGAGGGGGAUUAUUAUUAUUUUUAACUUCAGAAAAAAAGAUUGUGAAGGGACGCAGUUUUAGCCGUGACAUUGUGUUCCACAUGUUGCUUGUAGGUGCCUUGGAGUAUGCCUUUUUAUUUGUUUUUUAGCAUUUAGAUUGAAGGCUUUUAAUUUUUGACAAAAUGCGACUGUUUAAGUCUGACACCCUGCUCAUUCUGUGUAGUUUGUACAGAAUGAGUGAGCUGUCUCUAGUCACACACAGUAUGCUAAAAUGAGUACCAAGCUGAACAAAGUGUUUCAUUUAACAAUAAAGGCAAUUUGUGUCCUUAAAGGGAUAGUUUACUGUGGAGUAAAAAAUAGUCAUUUCAGUUUUAUUGUAUGUUUUCAAUUUGCCCAGACAGUUUUUAAGGAUAUUUUAGAUUCAGAGGUUUAUGAUUACCUGCCAGCUUUGCAAUGGCUAUUAUGGGGGCAUUUGCAGGUUGGUGGUUUAUAGCAAAAUACACUUCAAGUACUCCAAAGAAUCAUGUAGAGUGACAGUAUGCCUCCAGGGAUUGUACCAGGGUAAUUACCUGAUCCCUCCCCCCCCCACACUAAAACUGAAUUUUUUUGUAACUUUAAAAAGUGAACUAUUUCUUUAAUACUGCAAAUAGGGGACCAAUAUCUAUCUUAGUGCUUGUCCAUGUAUCUGUGGCAAUGCGUGUGCAUUUAAAAAACAAAAAAAACAAAACCAUUAUGCAAUGAUAUACUUGAUGGCUGUGGGAUGAUUUAUUUGUGUUCACAAUUUAUGUGCUGCACAUGAAAAGCCACCCUGGGGUGGGGUUUAAGUUGCAGUAUAUUGCAGUGACAACCUUCUGCCAGCAGAUGUCACACCAUAUCAUGCUUUUAGUCCCGGGAAUUUGCAUCUAGUUCAGUCUCAUACUGUAAAUGAACAGUGUUUUUGCUCCAUUACUGUCUUUUAUUGUUUUGUUUUUUUUACAUUUUUAUUUUUAAUUUAUCCAUUAGUGGAGUGACCCAUGUCUUAGGCAGCAUUCUGCGAUCUGUGUGCAUUUCCCGUCUCCACAGUGUGGAAUGAAAUGGGAUUGUCUGUUUCAAGACUUUUUUUUUACCUGUGAUAGAGAUCAGAGGAAGCUUCUUGCCAGAGGAACUUAUUCGUUAAAUAAUCUUUUGAGAUUACUGCUCUAGUACUGAAAAGGCAGGUGAGAAGAAAUGGUAAGGGGUGGGGUGAUUGUGGAGAAAGCAAAGACGUUUGAAAGUCAGCCAUACAGCUAUAUACAUUUGUAUUGUAUGUAAUAUGUUACUCUGCUGCAGAGCUGCACUGGUCUAGCAACUGCAAAUGAAAGUGUGUCAAAUAUUACGACUGAAUUUCCAUGAAAGCCAUAUGGUUUGGGUUUAGUGAAAACCAGUUUGUGGGCUGUUAGCUCGAGAGAUUCGUGCCCUCUGUGGGAUUUAAAAAACAAUCCUAAACCCUUAAAUUUUUUGGCCAUCCCAUCAUGCAACAGUUCUGAUUUUACAGCCAGUAACAACCCAGAUUAUUCUGCUGUCUUUGGUCCUUUGACCUGCGAAGAAAUGGACUGAAUAAUGAAAACCAUACUUUUGAGACAUGAGAGAAAGCACAGGCUUAUUACACUGUAUGUUCAUUAGACAUUAUGCUAUAUGGAAUUAACCCUCUUUCAGACUUCCUACCACUGUCCAAACAUUCCAUUCCGUGUGCAGGCAGCAGGGAGGCGCCUCAACACCCCCUCCCCCCCGGUGCCAACUCUGGCUUCCUGCCUCGCGGUUCUCUUUCGGUUGAAUACAUGUCUGUCUGUGAUGUAGGAGUCGGUGCAUGUGAACGGAAACAGGCUUUUCCCCCAACGCUGCCGUCGCUGACCUGUGUCUGCUUUCUCGUGCCUCUGUACAUACGACUGAGAUUUCCUGUUCAAAUGUCUUUUUUUUGUUACUGAUGUUCUAUUUACAAACGAAGCCUUUCUGUAAUGUGCCUAAGCUAUGGGGGAAAAUGUUACAAGUAUAAGUUAAUUUCCCCUUUCAUAUGAUACAUAUUCAAGCCUGAGAAUUAAAGUACUUAUUCAACAAUUA